AUGUUAAAAAAAACGCCAGGUGUAGGAAGAAGUUUAGCAGCUUUUAUCGCAUCUUAUAACCCAAAAAAAUUAAUCUUAGCAGUAAGAAAUCGAGCCAAAGGAGAAGCAACAUUAGAAUUUAUUGAAACAAGAAAUGGACAUAGUAAUAACGUUGAAGUAUGGGAUAUGGAUCUUGCCGAUUUGAAAAGCGUUAAAUCAUUCGCUGAAAAAUUUAUUAAAGAAGUCGGUGAAUUACAUUUAUUAUUUAAUAAUGCUGGUUCCGCUCCAAUGGAAUUAAUGAAAAUUAAGAAUACUAAGAAUAAUUUUGAAGUGACUUUUCAGGUUAAUUAUUUAUCUCAAUUUCUUUUAACGAAUUUGUUAUUGGACACUUUGAAGAAAUCUGCAUCACCUGAAUUCCCUUGUAAAAUUAUUAAUACCAAUUCAAAAGAACACAGAUUAGGUACGAUUGAUUUUGAAAAUUUCAGUGGCCAUAAAUCUGCUUGUCAUAUUUAUGUGAACACCAAAUUAAUGGGAGUAAUUUUUAGUAAUGAACUGAAUAGAAAAUUGAAAGGCACCAAUGUAUCGUCACUUGCAAUUCAUCCGGGGUUGAUAAAAUCAAAGGUGUCUCAUCUGUACAACAAAAAUAGAAAAUUUAAAAAGAAAUUAUUUCAUAAUUUCUUUAUGUUAUUUGCUAAGUCACCCGAUUAUGGUGCUUUACAGAUUUUAAUUCCAACUUUUUCAAUAAGUAAACGUAACUUAGGUUAUAGUUAUUAUGAAAAUUGUAAAGAAGUUAAACCAAGUGAUAAAGCACUAAAUGAAGCUUUAGCAAAAAAACUUUGGGAUUAUUCUGAUAAAUUACUAAAAUCUAAAAUCCUUAAGAUCUUUAAAAAGAUAAAAAAAAAUUAG